AUCUACAACCGCCUCGCCUGUCUCCUUUGGCCUGGUCUCUUCCUACGCAGCAGCACAAGCCGCAUCGCACAGUCGCUCUGCCCACACACCACAUGCCGCCUCGCGCUGCGCUGCGGGCCAGCGGCGGCCUGCUGCGCCGUACCGCGCCGACCGGCCGGCCAUGUGCCGUUCGAGGCAGCAGCAGAGCGAGCAGCAGCGCGGCAGCCGCCAAGCCCGGCCUCACACCCGAGGCAGCCACGGCGGCGCUGGUGCGCACGUCGGACCACCCGGCGCAUCUGGCAGCAGCCUUCUACCCGGCGGCGCUGCGCCCGCACUACCUCGCACUGCGCGCCUUCAACGUCGAGACGGCGACGAUCAAGGACAACGUCAGCAACGAGACGCUCGGGCGCAUCCGCGUGGGCUGGUGGCGUGAUGCCGUGCGCGGCGCAUUCGAUAACAAGCCCUCGCCGCAUCCCACGCUCGAGGCCCUGCGUGCGGCGAUCCACGACCCUGCUGUGCUGCGCGGCGGCGGCCUUGUCGAGGACCACUUUCUGCGCAUCGUCGAUGCACGGGAGGAGGACGUCGCCGCGCCGAGCGUGCCGCCGCUGCUCGCCGACAUCGAGAUGUACGCCGAGCGCACGUCGUCGCGCCUGCUCUACCUGUCCCUCAACCUGGUGGCCCUCUCCGCGCCCGAGCUCGACGAGAUCUUCUCGCAUCUGGGCAAGGCCAUCGGCCUCUCCACGCUGCUCGCAUCGCUGCCGCACUCGGCCGGCUUCACGGCGCAGUCCCAGGCGCCAAUACCGCAGUCCGGCCGCGCCUCACGCAGCGCUCUGAGCACGCAGCGGCGGCUGGCACUGCCGCGCGAGUAUGCGCACGCGCACGGUGUCGUCGAGGAGGAGGUCUACCGCCUCGGACCACAGGCGCCCGGCCUUACCGACGCCGUCUUCGACACUGCCACGCGCGCCAACGACUAUCUCAUCAGCGCGCGGACGGCCAUUGCCCAGCUCGACGGCGGAAAGCUGCCCGAGCUGGCGCUUGGCCCGCUCAUGAAUGCGAUCCAAGCACGCCACUAUCUCACCCGCCUCGAGGCGGCGCAGUUCAACGUCUUUGACGCAUCGAUGCAGCUGCACGCGCAGGGCCGCGGCUGGCGGCUGCCGUGGGAGAUGGUGCGGGCCAAAUGGAGGCGCAGUGUAUGAUUGUAAUGCUACAUGUGAUGGCGAGGCAAG